AUCUGCAUCCUGGAGUGCGAGGGCCAAGCGGUGCCCAGGGCCACCUGGGAGCUGUGCGCGGCCACCGCCCGAACCGCUCCCCGUCCCCGCCGUCCUCCCUCCGAGCCCUGGCCCGGCUCCGCUCCCAUCCCGGUCCCCGUCCCGGUCCCGGUGCGGCUGUCCCGGCCCCAACGCCGCCGCCUCGCCGCCGACCCCGCGGAGCCCGAGGACGUUUCCCGGCGCCCCACGGCGGCCAUGGCCGCGGCCAAAGGGGUGCAGAAACGGUACGGGGGAUUCAUCGGCGUGCGCAAAUCGGCGCGGAAGUGGAACAACCAGAAGAGGUUCAGCGAGUUCCUGCGGCAGUACCUGGGCAUGGCGCCGCGCUCCAGUGAGUACGGCACCGGAGAGCGCCAGAGGAUGUGAGAGAGGCACCCCCGGACACCCCAAAAUCACCGCAUCCCCCCCGGGGGGGCCAUCCCGCCAGGGGCUCAUCGAGUCAUCUGAAUAAAUCAAAACAAAUAGAAUUAUAAUAAUAAACAGC